AUGACAGAACGGGUGAAUCGAACAUUAAAACCAUUAAUUGCCAUAUAUGCUCAACGGCAACCCAAUGCAUGGGACAAGGAAAUUUCAAAAUUAGCAUUUGCCAUCCGAACGGCAGUCAAUGAAACAACAGGUGAAACACCAGCAUUUAUGAUGUUCGGUCGAGAUCCAAGAGGUCCACUCGAUUUAUUAAUCGAGGGUACAAUAGAAGGACCACAACCAACAACUAAUGAGCAUGUACAAAUUAAAGAAUACAAGAAGAACUUAAUGAACAAUUUACGAUAUGCAUAUAAGAUUAUCAAAGAACACUCGGAAAUAGAAAAAUUAAAACAAAAAGAAAAAUACGAUAGACAUACAAACCAAAGAGAAUACACUGAAGGUGAUCUCGUAUGGGUGGCCACUCCGACAGCACAAAUUGGAGAAAAUUCAAUGGGUGGAAAAUUACAACCACAUUAUCAAGGUCCAUGCCGUCUGAUCCAGCAAUUAUCAUCAAAUACAUUCACAAGAGAAACAAUCAAGAAACAACGACAAGCGACAAAACAAUCAAUCAAAGAGAAACGACAACGUCAAUCAAUAACGGCGAGCCAUCAAUAG